AUGAGACCAACACUAAGCACCUUUUUUCAUGAGUCUCCUGUAAGCCUUUUGACAAGGCCUUGGAAAAAAAAUCGCGAUGGGACGCUCUUUUACGGUGUUUCAAAAUCUGGUAACAGGCGGACCCCUCUGACCACUAAACAAGGAAACAAAACCAUGUACAAAGGUACCCGUUCCUCUGGUAUCGGUAAGCACACAAGAUAUGGUGGCUACACAAUUCAGUGGAGAAAAGUGCGUACAUUUGUGACCCCUAAGAAUUACAAUUCUGAACUCAAACCUCUUGUCAGCCACAGGCUACCGGAGCUAAGACACACUUUCCAAGGCUUCCAGAAGGGUGCUUUGGACACGCAGCUCUAUUUCCGGAAGCUUCGGGACUAUGUUAAAUAUGGGAAAGUACAGAGCGAAGCUUCGGACGUACAGUGCUAUGUGGAAAGGGGGUAA